GCUCUUCUUCCUCUUCCACAGACGGCUCUCUCUCUCUGUCAGCGCGGUCAGUGCAGUGUGUAGCGUGUUUCAUAAUCGGCCGCGGUGUCUCUUCUCGUCUCUCAGCCGGUCAGAAUGGCAGCCGUCAGGACUCUCAGGAAACUGUGCCAACACUCCCAGCACACCGUCUGUAAGCUGCACACAUCCGCCUUAAGACAAGAGGCGGUGGUCAUCUCAGGAAGGAAACUGGCACGGCAGAUUCGGGAGGAGGCCCGGGUCGAUGUGGAGAACUGGGUCUUAGCAGGCAAUAGGAGACCCCACCUGAGCGUGAUCCUGGUGGGAGACAACCCAGCCAGUCACUCCUACGUCCUGAACAAGACACGAGCUGCAGCUGAUGUCGGGAUCUCCAGUGAGACGAUUCUCAAACACUCAGACAUCAGUGAGGAGGAGUUGUUGGACCUGAUCUACAAACUCAACACAGAUCAUCGUGUGGACGGCCUGUUGGUGCAGCUGCCUCUGCCAGACCACAUUGAUGAGCGGGCUGUCUGCAACGCUGUAUCUCCCACCAAGGACGUGGACGGAUUUCAUGUUGUGAAUGUGGGUCGCAUGUGUCUGGAUCAGUCCACCAUGCUUCCUGCCACCCCUUGGGGUGUCUGGGAAAUCAUCAAACGAACAGGUAUUCCUACUCUUGGGAAGAAUGUGGUGGUUGCAGGACGCUCCAAGAAUGUGGGCAUGCCCAUUGCCAUGUUACUGCACACAGACGGCCGCCAUGAGAGGCCUGGAGGUGAUGCCACAGUCACCAUUUCUCAUCGUUACACUCCAAAGGAGCAACUUCGCCAUCACACUCAAAUCGCUGACAUUGUUGUGGCAGCUGCAGGGAUUCCCAACCUCAUCACGGCUGACAUGAUCAAAGAGGGAGCAGCGGUGAUUGACGUGGGAAUAAACAGAGUACAGGACCCAGUGACUGGGAAGAACCGCCUGGUUGGAGACGUGGACUUUGAAGGCGUGCGGCAGAAGGCCGGCUUUAUCACUCCAGUACCUGGCGGUGUGGGGCCCAUGACCGUGGCAAUGCUCAUGAAGAACACUAUCAAGGCAGCGAAGAACGUCUUGCUCUAUCCUCCAGAGAGGAUUCGCAUGGCGGCAGCGUCUUAAUAAGAUUAAGAAAAUCGAAGCAACGGACACAUUCCACCCUCCUCUUGACGACACCGCCCCGCUCGUUUAUAUUUUACUGGGAGCAGCCUGACGAUGAGCUCCCCUUGCACAGGGACUGGAAAGAUGAUACAGCUUUAAGGCUCUUUAACCUUUCCAAACUCCACGUCCAGCCAUGUUUAGACUGUUACCAUCACUCAUGCAGCACAAUGCUACAUGUAACAGAGUACUGAAUAUUUAUCGACUGCAUUACGAAUUUCUGUUAAAUGAAUCUUGAAAGAUUGUUUUAUUUAUUGCUACGCUGAAUUAAUAUUUAAAGGUGAAUGGAGGAAGCAGGUCACAGUAUUUAUCUCUGAGCUGGUUUACAGUUUCUGAAGAGCCGAGUGAGGACUGUCUGUCAUGUUUCUUUCACUUGAUUUAGCCUGAUGUACCAUGAAGAGUAAUAAGGGCUAACAUCAUCAGGAACAAGUAUGUUUAUCAAUAUACGAGCUUUAAAGAUUCACAAUUGCCUUUGUAAAAACUUUUAAAUAAAUACUACAAUUAUGUUCGCACA